AUCGUUUUCGAUGCAAGUCGACGGUCUAGGGAAUGAAGUCUGUCGUUGCCCACAUGCAGGGAGGGAGAGACGGCGGGGAGGUAGGGGAGACAGUAACAGGUAUUCUCGUGCACGCCUAGUAUGGCAUCAGAUAGGUGCCAAACGCCUGUACACAAGCUCAUGACAGACCGAGAAAGGUAAAGACAAGGACGCAUGAUCAUGACUGUGUGGUCGUCGUAUGUUGACAUGCGAGUGUCUUUCGGACGCACCUUGUGGACACGCAUGAAGAAGGCUCGUGCCCUCUCGCGGCGCCUCAAGGGAAGAUCACCUGAUACAAGGAGACGCAGAACGGUUUGUAAAACAAAAAUCCCACGAAGUUUUCCGACCCACCUGGGUCAUCCAGCACGGUUUUUGUAUCGAAUCUAUCGACUGUUCUGCUGGUGAUGGGAAGGGGCGUCAGCAACUUGUUGUCCUGCUGCGGUGAGGUCGGCGCGACCCCCGUCCACUCGGGGGCUACAGCACGACACCCUGCAGUCAAUACAGUGAGCAAACCACCUUGCAAUGUCCCAAAUAAAAGAAUGCAUUCCAUUGGAUUGCUCAUGCACGUACGUCUCGCGAGUCGUCUUUUGCUCCGCUGUUCGGCCUUCUUCCUUCUGACGGCUUCCUCUGCGUCUCUUCGCCUGUAAGGCAGCUCAAAGUCCAUGGCCUCCACUGGCCGACGCGCAACACUCAUCGGCAGCUUGGACAACUCCAAGCGCAACACAGACACCACCUACAUUUUCAGACAUGCACCCGGCUGUGUAUGUGGAAGGGGCGGGGACUCCUGCUUUCUCUACUUCGUGGUCUUUCUUCUUUUUCCUUCUGAGGAACCAGGGCACGGCAUUCUUGUCGCCCCGUCCUCUCUUCGGCCGCACCCACUCCUCCUUCGGGUCGUUCCUGCAGCAUUGCAUUGCCAACCACAACAUCCCCACUCGCAGCCACACACGUGCAUGUGGACACGAAUGCACAUACCAGCCACUUUCCAGGCCAGAGUAAGGUUCGAAUAGACCAGCUGACGUGGUCUCGAUGAACAGGUGGCGCUUCCUUCUGUACGUUGAUCCGCGAGCAGACGCACCCGACGAGGCAGCAAGGGCCGCCGGCGGCUGCGGACCCCUGCCAGAGGAGAGGGCAGGCCCAACAGCAGCGGUAGCAGCCAGGGGAACAGGCCCGGCAGGCUGCUGAGUCAGAGAGAACAUCG